CUUUUGUGUAGUUUUCAGUUUUCACCUGUCUAUGAAAGCAGAAGAAAAGCGCCAAUACGCGAGGAACUUCUCGAAGCAGGGAGCCAUUUUGUGCUCUUCUCCAUCCGGAAGCCUCCUCUCUAAAUUCUCUUCCGGAUGGGAGGACACUCUACCUCUAGUUCUAGGGUUUCCUCUGCGAGUUGACGUAUGUUUGUAGUCAGCAGCUUUCCUUUCAUUUUCGGAAGCCUGUUUGGGAGCAGUGUCAUGCCUAUCUAAUACUUAUCCAAGGUGGACACCUAUGAAUUUGUGUGCCAUAAUAGUGCAUAUUUCAUGAUCUAGUGGCUACCUAGAGUUUGUAAUCAAGAUCCUUGUGCAACAUAAGAGAGCACACUGUUUCACAAAAACAUGUUGAGAAAUUUGACUAUUUAUUGGGUAAUGAACAUGCGGCAGCUUUUGAUCAGUUUAUUACUCUGAUCUGUCCUCCGAGGUUCUCUUCUGAUGUAAAGGAGCCUCAAAAUGGGAUUUUUGUCAAGGGGGCACUGAGUAUGCUUGGAACCCAUGAUAGAAGUUGGUGGUUACCAAAAAUCAUUGGGUUCCAAGCCUAGAUGUUGGUAAUAUGGGAUCCUUAGUCAUGCAUUUGAGAACAAACAGAUGCUGCCUCCAGAUCAGCACGUUUUUUGUUGCUUCCAUACUGAUAGCCAUCAGUUUUUACCAUUUAUUCAUAUGUGGAAAAGCUCGUAACAUAUUACCACCAUCUUCUUUUACUGUAGUCUUGGACUGUGGAAGCACUGGAACACGAGUCCAUGUCUAUGAAUGGUCUAACAACAGCGCUCAUUAUGAAGGUCUUCCAAUUUUAUUGCAUUCAUUUCCUGACUAUACCAAAGGACGUUCUCAACAAUCCGUUGCAUGUGAAUACCAUUGCAUGCAAACUGAGCCUGGUCUGGACAAGUAUGUGUCCAAUGUAUCGGGAUUAGCUGCUGCAUUGGAGCCCCUUCUUCAUUGGGCAGGGAAUAUAGUACCCUCCAAAAAGCACAAAACUACACCCAUUUUUGUACUAGCUACAGCUGGACUUAGGAGGUUGCCUAGUGAGGAUGGAAGUUGGGUUCUGGAGAAUGUUGAGUAUAUCAUAAAUCGCUAUGGGUUUAUGCAUCAAAGAAGUUGGAUAAGAAUUCUCGAUGGAAGAGAAGAGGCUUAUUAUGGUUGGCUUGCUGUCAAUUAUAAAAUGGGUCGAUUGGGGAGCUCUUUAGAUAAGCCCACUUUUGGAGCCCUUGACUUGGGGGGUUCUUCCUUGGAGGUUGUUCUAGAAAAAGGAGAAGUGGAAGAAAACCAGCACUUCUUGAGAUCACAAAUUGGUUUGGUUGGACAUAAUCUAUUGGCAUAUUCGUUACCAUCAUAUGGAUUGAAUGAGGCAUUUGAGAGGUCCCUUGUAUUACUUAGCAAAGAACAAAGCCUCAAGAAGAGUAGUAGUGGGAAGCUAGAGCUCAGACACCCAUGUCUCAAUUUAGGAUACAUGGAGAAGUAUACUUGUAAUAGUUGCAAUGUGAUGCCAAAAGCAAAUGCCCAGCUUAAUAGUAGUGGCAGCUCACAAAUUCUUAUGUCCCAUGACUUAUGCUUUCCUGUGACUCUUGCUGUUUACAGCUUAUGCCCUACAUCUCCAGUGAAUGCUGCUUUUAGCUUAUGUCCUUCAUGGCCAGUGACUGAUGCUGUUUAUAACUUAUUUCUCGUGACUUAUGCUAACGGUACACCGAACUCCACGUCUCACUAUCAAACUACUCAUUUUCAUGCAUUAUCAGGAUUUUUUGCUGUACAUAAGACAUUGAGUUCAGAUUCAAAAGCUAACUUUACUGAGCUUUUGGCAAGAGGCAAGCAAUUAUGCUUAAGCUCAUGGGAUGAUAUCCGGAAAAAAUUGUCUCAUCAAAAGAAUGUUGAUCAGUAUUGCUUUCGAUUACCUUAUGUGAUCUCACUUCUCAAGGAUGAGUUGUGUUUGGAAGAUGGACAAAUAAGUUUUGGGCCAGCAGAGGUUUCAUGGACCCUGGGUGCUGCCUUAGUUGGAGAUGAAUUAUUAUGGGCAAUUAGAAAUAAUAAAUUUGCUGCUUUUGGAAUAGCAAACUUUGGAAAUUUGCAGGUUAUCUCUUCAGCCAUUUUUGCGGUUAUGGGAUUGUCAAGUCUAAUAUUUAUUGUCCAUGGGCAGAUUAAGUGUGUCACUGGAUUUUUGCAGCAUUUCUUUAAGCCCUCAGUUGGGAAAAAUAUGCGUGGUAAAGAUGCAAUUUUAGAGUUAUUGCCAUUGUUUAGCUAUAACAAAUUGCAGGUGUAAAUUAGAGAUUUCUUCAGCCAGGUGAGCUGAUGAGAAACUUUCAUUUAGUUGUUUUUUUUUUCGUUUUUUUUUAGAAGUCCAGUACUUUUAUUAUUUUAUUCGUCUAUUCAAUUUUAUAAGUUAUGAUUAUUUACAUGAUAUAAAAUAUUUAUGAUUGUUUUCUAUAUGCCUGUCUUUCUUGGUAACUGAAAAUAUUAAACAAUUUCUGGAUACUUAGUUCCAUGAAUUGAGACACCAUUGAUUUCUAUAGAUGAUUGAAUUUUUAUUAACAGUUCACAAAUUACAUCAUCUAUUCCUAUGGAAUUUUAGUGUUUAUUGUGUGCUGAACGUGAGAUGUAUCCCCUUGAAAGAAAUUUUAUGCUAAUUUCAAGUAUUCCGAAAUCUCGGGCUGUUCGCGUAGUGUAGCCUUUUAGUCAUGUUUGAAUUUAAGGCAUGCUUCCAUGACCCAAAUUUGAGAAAACCCAAGUUGAAAUUGUAAAUCUUACUAAUAUUACAAAUGCAAAAUUAAGUGAAAUGUUUUUCAAACAGAUUUUUGAGUCAUUAAUGUAUUUCUUUGGAAGGUACCAAAACUCAAAUUGCCUUCAAAGCUAGGUCAUUCUAGUUUUGUUAUAAACAAUAAGUUCUCCUAAUAAGAUGAAAAGAUUGGCAUGUUUUCCUGUUUCCAAAGGUGGAAUUGCUGCCAAAGCUAUAUUUCUGGGUGACAGCUUGAAACUAACUACUCUUCAGGGGGCUUUUUUCUCGGAGUAAGCCCCUAGCAUUAAGCAAAAGGCAUUUCAAAGCUAUUGUAGUCUAACCAUUGGUUGAUGAUCCUAGCAUAGUCUUGACAUAUAUCCAACCAGUUUUUGAAAAAUUAACAUGUUUGUUUCUAGGAGAAAUUAAUUUACGGAGGUUUCUUGAACUGAGAAUAUUGAAGUGCAUUGAAAGAGUUGUUUGACUCAAAUGCUUGGGACAGUCCAAGGGUUGUUAGGUUUUCAUAAAAAUGGGACACAUCAUCAUCAUGGGGACAAAUGAAAGGUUUUAUUCUAUUAUGAAUCUGCUCAAUGGAGGGGUAGAAUGCAAUCAAUAUAUGGGGAUUUACCCUCCUUUGCCCCUCCCUAAAUAUAUGCUCCUAGAUUCUUUAAUGCUCCAUGCCUCCCUUGUUCUCUGCCUGCCUUUGUUGUCUUCCUCUUUCCUUAUUUUUCUUUCCUUUUCUAAUAUUGAUAUUUGUUAAUUUGCAAAAAGUUCAACAACAUGCAAGGUAGCAUGCCAUGUACGGGCAGUACAAUUCUUAGGGAUAGGGAUGUAACCAUCUGUAAUUAGCCACUAACCAAAAAUCGACAAUCUCACUGGCUUCUGUAAGGAUAUGAUGUGAAGACACUUUUAACUAUUGUCUAACAUCAACUAGCUCCUUUGUAUACAUCUGCUAUCCUCGAGGCAUAACUAACUUACUAAUAGGGGUCUCAACAACUGUGCAAAGAACGCCCUCCUCACUCUGGUUAGAAGGACUUUACAACAUUUAAAAAAAAAAUAAUCUUAAAUAUCAUAAAUUUAAAAGUUCCAAGUUGUACAUAUGCUUUCUUUUUUUAAGUUUUGAAAAUACACCUGAAGACUUCCCCCAAAUCUUCUGAAGCACCGAUGUGCUACCCUUUUCUGUCCAAAACAAAGAGUGGUCAGGAGGAAUCUGAUAAGAUUAGGUUAGAUUCCCCAUGAGCUACCAAAGCCUUCAGCAGUAGGCUUUUGUCAUUUCAAUAAUUGCAUCCUGAGCUCACGACCGUGGUAUGACCACCAAAUAUUUUAACUUUAGUGUCCUUUUUGGUUAUUUACGCCACGAAGAUGUGUUUAUAAUUAGAAUCAUAGCAUUCCAUCAAGAGACUGUUCCUCGUUCACAAAGCAGUUCAUCCACACCAAUGCUGCAUAGGUCUUUCUAUGAUGGGAGCUGUAUUAAUGAUUUUAGGCAUUCAUGGCUAGAAUUUUUUGAAAAAUUCAGCUAUUUCACUACCCAUGAAUUUCUUAUGAGUAAAAUGCCUGAUGAAUGUCGGCCUAAGUGGGUAGUCAUUGGCCAUGUCGCCAAGAAACUAGCGAAUUAAUAUUUUACCCAUGUUAGAUACUCACAGUGAAUGAGGAGACUCUCAAUGUUCUUACUUUCUUUUCUUGGCAAAGGACAUGAAAUAAUCUCCCGAGUGAAAAAAAGAUAUAGGGACUUUUGGCCUCGUUGAGGGUAUGGUCAUUGAUAGAAUAUAAUGGCAAACCAGAAUUCAUAUAGCUGAUCCCAAAUAGUUGAGAAAAAGCCCUGAUGGUGGUGAUGACGACGACGACGACAUGAGACAGUCUCUUGAGCCUCUGUACACAACACAACAGGUCCUGUAGUCCUAAAGGGGGGUUUUCGUACACUAAAAAGCAUGAGGGGUUUGGAAUGCCCUGCACAAGGCAUUCUAGAAAAGUUACCAAGCCACUCCCCAUAUGGCACAGGAGAAACAUGGACAUUGGAGAUUCACUGUAACUGCAUGAAUGUCUUGGUGGGCCCCACUAAGGUCUAUCUUCAGUAUCAUGGCCAGGAGUGAACGGUGAAUGGCAUGGGUGCGUUUGGAGUACUCCAUGCGUUUAUUGAUUUUGGGUUUACUUACCAUUUUUAUCUCACUUUAAACAUGAAUACAUAAUAUUGCUCUUCUAAAACGGAAAGCGCAUGGAAAAUUCUUGGAGUUUCCUAGAUUUGUAGAGAGAAGACAAUGGAGUUUGUUGGACAUAUUGCUGAUCUCACGGACAUGAAUGUCCCUUUUCAAGACAUCUUCGUAGGUGUUAACAUGAUGGCAAGUUUUGGCUGGGACCCAAACACCUGCGUGUGCCCGCACACGUAUAGAGAGAGUUAUCAAUUACUGCUCGUAUAUGCAUGUGGAAAUGUAUUCAAUGAGCACAUGAUCCUGGCUGUCAAAUGUCAACAAGGAGCACAGCUCAGUUGUGCCGUUUGCUGCUUAAGAUCUCAAUUUUUUUGACAAACUUUUGUGUGGAGGAAGUACACACUACAGCUGCCACCUAUUGAUAUUUGAUGGCUCGGAUGGCACGGAGUAUCGUAAGAACCUUCACAUGCAGUCAUUGUAUAUGAACCUUAUAUAUGUACGAUUGUGUUGCU